AUGGGAGACGGAACUCAAACGCCUUGUAAAAAUUUUCAACCGAAUGAAUUGAAAAAUCUCGAAGAUGCCAUGGAAGAAUUAAUUCUUUGCGAUGAAAGCGAUGGAAAAUUAUUAUUAUUAAUGGGAGAAGUUUUCAUGUGUUUGACUCUGAAAGAUACAAAAAAAGCUUUAGAAAAAAAUAAACAGAAAAUAAUGGCUGACAUAUUAGAAUUGGAAGAAUUAUCAGAAGUAUUAAAAUUAAACAUGUCAACAUUAAAAACUGAAUUAUAUGGAAAAUUUGGUAAUCACAUCAAUCUCGAAGAAGAUGAAUAA